CCAGUUAGUAAUCAGUGACUGAGUUACUAAGCAUCAGAUUCAGUAUUCAAAUCGGAAGAUUCCGCAGCAUUAUAUAUUAAUAUAUUGGAUUGUCUGAAAAAACAAGAUCAAUUUUUCGAAAAAAUGUAAAGACGACAUUUCUAUGUGUGGUAUAUUCUUGUAUUUUCCUCGUGUAUACAAAAUGUCUGACGUAAGCCAUACAAAACUAUAUGUGAAGGUAAAGCACGCCGAAAAAGGAACCUGCACAAAAAAACGCUUGCCAUUUUAUAAACAAUUACGUGAAAUUUCGAGAUAAAAAUUUUGAUAAAAAAAGAUUAACGAACCAGCCUACGCAAAGUUGUGAGACAAGUACCGUUGAAUUGAACGCGAAAUAUCAUCAAAAUUGUUCGAAAUGCGAUUAUUUGUUUGCGACACGCUCACCAUACACCGAAAAAUAAUUAUUAUCACACUGUUCACAUCCUUACUCUACCUAGAGCUAUCAGUCGAUAUCCGACUAUGCUAAAAGACAGUAGCGUUUUAAUAAUUUUCGAUCAGAUCUUGCGUUUAUAGAGUCCAAUCCAACAACGCGCGCUCAAAUUCGCCAAUUUUUUCAUUAAUAUCUCGAAAUUUUACGUAGUUAUUUGCGAAAUACUAGAGCUCUUCAUGCUCAGGUUAACAUGUUCUACUUUCACAUGUAUGCUUUUGUAUACCUUGCGUCAAACACUGUAUACAGGGUGUCCCGAACCUCCAUGAUGACCCUUGGUGAGAACGUAGAAUGGAUUGAGGUGAUAUUUUAUCAAGGAAACAGACAUUUUACAUAUUAUUCUCUUCAACUCAAUAUGGUAAAUCCGAGGAAAUACAUCCAAACAGACAAUCUAUCACAUUCUACCAUACAACAUUUACUUGAGGAGUUUGAAGAAGAAUUAGUAUGUAUGUCAGGAAAGGGUAUAGAUAUUGGUUGCGGUCCCGGUGACGUUACAAGACAUACUCUCUUACCCGCACUCCACCCAAACGCGGUAGUCAUUGGUACUGAUGUGUCGAAGGACAUGAUCGAAUAUGCCAAGGAAUUACACGCUGACGAAGAACGACUCAAAUUCGAAAUUCUCGAUAUUCAAACUAAACAUCUGCCUGAAAAACACAUUUCUGAAUAUGAUCACGUAUUCUCAUUUCACGCUUUGCAUUGGUGCGCUGAUAUGCGACAAGUAUUUGAGAAUAUCUAUCGCUUACUUCGACCUGACGGAACUGUGCUAAUAUUAAUGGUAAUAUCUCACGACGUAUUUGAUAUUUUACAUAAAUUGUCGCAAGACGAUCGAUAUACGUCAUACAUAAAGCAUGCGAAUAAUUUCAUUCCUGAAUUCCACAAUUCGGACCAUCCCCAUAAAGAUCUAAAAGCAUUAUUCAAAAGUGUUGGGUUUAAUGUCCAUCACUGCAGUCAUCGAGAGAGAACCUAUUCUGCUAAUGACGCACAGGAAUUACCAGAAUUUUUAUUCUCUUUCAUAACACAAUUUUUUGAGGACAUGCCUCAUGACCGAAUAGCAGAAUUAAAAGAUGAGUUUACACAGGAAUAUACGAAAAGAAGAUUUUUCCAUAAGCGGGGAUACAAUCGAAAUGAAAAAAUUGCAUCAGAUCUACACGAAAUAUUAAUAGUUUAUGCGGAAAAGGAUAAUGACGUUGAAAAUAUUCGUAAAUUGUAACCAUGUCACGUCGUCAAUGAUUGCACAUAAUAAGGCAUAUUUGCAUCUAUAUUUUACAAUCAUAAUUAUUGCAUUACACGAUUAGUUGAUUGUUAGGAUUAAAAUAGAUUUAAUAAUGCUUAUACAGUAGCGCUCAAAAGUUUUUUGACAAAUAGUGUUUUGUAAAGUAUUUUAUUAAUAAUAAUAAUAAUAUAUAUGUAUUAACCUUUAUAAUAUAAACUUUGCACAUAAUAUCACAUGUUAACAACAAAAUUAACUUUUAUCAAUUACUAAACAAAUAUAACAUAAACAAAACUUUACUUUAUCAUGG